AUGGGUAUCGCCAACGCUGCCGCCUUGGGGCCCAGCACCGACCUCCAGGCCCUCAUGGCCGGUCGCGACAACCGCUGGUACAAGGGCAACCGCCUCAAGCUCACCAUGAUUCUGCUGCUUGUCCUCAUCACUAGUGCCACCAACGGUUAUGACGGUUCCAUGAUGAACGGUCUUCAGUCGCUCGACACUUGGAGGAGCUUCUUCGGUCACCCCGAGAACAACGCAUCUCUCUUGGGCAUCCUCAACGCGAUCCAAAAUAUUGGCUCUAUUUGUGGUCUUCCCUUCGCUCCCUACGUGUCGGACAUUAUGGGUCGUCGCUUUGCCAUCUUCCUCGGCUGUAUCAUCAUGCUGGUCGGCACUGCGCUCCAGACUGCCGCCAUGAACAUUGGUAUGUUCAUCGCCGCCCGUUGCCUCAUCGGUUUCGGUCUCUCGUUCGCCGGUAUCGCUGCGCCCGUCCUCAUCACUGAGCUCGCCUACCCGACCCACCGUGCUCCUCUCACCUCGCUCUACAACUCGUCGUGGUACCUUGGCGCUAUCAUCGCCGCCUGGACCACCUUUGGCACUUUCCGCAUGCACAGCAACUGGGGAUGGCGCAUCCCUUCGCUCCUCCAGGGUCUCCCUUCGAUCCUCCAGGUUCUCUUCAUCUGGUUCAUCCCCGAGUCGCCUCGUUGGCUCAUCUCCAAGGGCAAGGAGGACCAGGCCAUCGCCAUCAUCGCCAAGUACCACUGUGACGGAAACACCGAGGACCCUCUCGUCGCCUUUGAGAUCGACGAGAUCAGGGAGGGGAUCAACCAGGACAAGGACCAGUCCGGCUGGAAGGACCUGUUCUCUGGCAUCGGCAACUGGCGUCGUCUCCGCAUCAUCGUCGCCAUUGCCUUCUUCUCGCAGUGGUCGGGCAACGGUUUGGUCAGCUACUACCUCACUCUCAUCCUCACGGGUAUUGGCAUUACGUCGACCAACAUCCAGACUCUCAUCAACGGUAUCCUCCAGCUCUGGAACUACUUCUGGGCCAUUGUCGGUGCUCUCACCGUUGACCGUGUCGGUCGUCGCCCCCUCUUCCUCAUGUCAACCGCCGGUAUGUGCGUGUCGUUCGUCUGCUGGACGAUCUGCUCCGCUAUCUACUCCCAGUCGGGCACCAUCUUCGACCCCGAGUGCAUCGCCGACGGUGGUACCCGCUGGACUUGCGUUGCCCUUGACGCCAACAAGGCUUCCGGUAACGCCGUUCUUGCCUUCAUCUUCCUGUACUACGCCUUCUACGACAUCGCCAUGAGCCCCCUGCUCGUCUCCUACACGGUCGAAAUCCUUCCCUUCCGCAUUCGCUCCAAGGGUCUCAUGUUCAUGCAGCUCUGCGUCUCCGCAUCGCUCGUGUUCAACCAGUAUGCCAACCCUAUCGCAUUGGAUGCCUUGCACUGGAAGUACUACAUUGUCUUCUGUGUUUUCCUGGCCUUCGAGUUCGUAUACUGCUACUUCUUCGUCCUCGAGACCCGCGGUCCCAACGGUGCUCUCCCUCUCGAGGAGAUUGCCGAGCUCUUCGACGGUCCCGGUUACUACGGCUUCCAGAAGCGCCCUGCUCACGAGGGUCACGUUUCGGACCUCGAGCACUCGGGCAACUACAACCACAACGACAUCAAGACCGGCAGCGACGACCACGUCGAGCGCGUCGCGAGCCUUCACUAG